GUCCUAUAAAAGGCCUCGAAAUCUUCCAGAUCGUCAGUUGGUUAUCGUACUUGCAAUGGAGUCGAUAUUGGUUUUAAUUAUUUUGGUGUCCAGAGCAAGGGCUCUCGUUCACUACGUGAAGCUUGCAAAAGGCACGAAUGGUUGCGUAUCGGUGGGUGGAGAGCAAAUGGAGGUCUGGGAUAUGGUACAGGACGAAGAGACGUGCGGCGUUUAUCAUUGCCAAAAUAAGAAUGGAGACGCUUUGAUUCACUAUUGUCAGAAACCGGCGACCUAUAUGGAAUGUCCAUCGACUGGAGUUAUAACCACACUGGAUUUUCCACAAUGCUGUUGGACGUGCGCCCGAUACAUUAAUUGCGAUGCACCGGCACAACGUACCGGUGAAAUUAUUAAUGAUAAUCUUCCAAGUAAGAACGAAGGUGCUGAUGGCGUUAAAAAUGAUGGUGUCGAUGGAGGUAAAAUUGAUGGUGGAAGUGAAGUAGGUUCUAAUAUCCGCGGUUGGCCAGGAGAUGAAGAAGAUCCCAAUAUUCCCAAAGAACCUAUGCGUUUUUACAAUUCUCCUAAAGAACCAAACAGCUUCCACACUGAAAAUCCCAUAAUGAUGGACUCCAUGCAAUUGGAUGCCGAAGGACACCCGAUAAUCAAAGAUCCAAAAUCUAAAACUGCUCUAAAAUCGAACUUAAUGCCUAAUGUACCUAAAUCAGGAAAAAUAUAUAAAUAUAUGGAAUAAAAAUUUUAAAUCUAA